UCACAAAGGUAAAUUCUUCUUCUCAAAAGCAAGACUUUGGAAGACUGAAAUAUGCUCAUAAGAUCUGUGUAUAUUGUUUAUUUGAUUAUUUUGUCUGUGUUGGUUUAGUGCACUGCAGUACUUUCUCUAUUUUCAAAAAUGUUAUUAUUUAAACGGUUACAGUCCAGCAAAAAAAGCACAGUCCAAUGCUUUUUCCCCCUCGCGUUUUCAUGUACUGCAAGUAAGCUAUUUUAGUCGAACGAGGGCGCUCACUCAGGGGAGAUGUGCUGACUUGCGCUCGAGUGUAGGCUGUAUUUCCCUCAUCCAGCACACCCGAGGACAUUACAUUCUUUACCUCUAAGAUCCAGUGAACUAAAUCAGCUGUCAUACGUUUACUAUCCAAUAAAACGGACCGACGAGCACUGAAGCCGUAUAAUACUUUAUUGGUGCGCCUAGACUUCUGCAGCGUCAAGGAAAUUCAAGUGGCUCGAAAGAGAAUAAUAACCAUGUCACUGUAUCCAUCUCUAGAAGACAUGAAGGUGGAUAAGUUCAUGAAGGCACAGAACACCCCUCCUGCGAGCCCAUUAAAGGCUUUACCUCUUCCAGAAACUGAGCCUUACUUUGAUCCAAAAUCAGAAGAGCUAGCUACUUCUAGCAGGUUGUACCCUGGGCUGAAUGAGUUUAUGGGUCUAAAUCUCAGUGCAGAAGCUCAACAAAGUCUUUCCUCUGCAGUUCCUGAUGAGACCAGUGGGGUUCUUAGUGUCUGCACACAUGGAAUGAGCUGGGUGGCAGCCCCCAUAACAGGAAGUGACCUGGGGGUGAAGCGGGCAGAGAUUCGACAGGGUGUUCGGGAGGUGGUGCUGUGCAAAGACAUGGAUGGGAAGAUUGGACUCCGCCUCAAAGUCAUAGAUAAUGGCGUGUUUGUGCAGUUAGUGCAGGCUAACACUCCUGCAGCACUGGCAGGGCUGCGUUUUGGUGAUCAGAUUCUGCAGAUCAAUGGCAUAUCAUGUGCAGGCUGGAGUAGUGAUAAUGCACAUAAGGAGCUCAAGAAUGCCAACCCAGAGAAGAUCACUUUGGCUGUGCGAGACAGGCCAUUGGAGCGAACUGUCACUCUUCACAAGGACAUGAAUGGCCAGCUCGGCUUUCUUUUUAAAAAGGGUCGAAUCACCUCAAUAGUAAAAGACAGCUCAGCUGCACGUAACGGCCUCCUUACUGAUCAUCAGAUCUGUGAGAUCAAUGGUCAGAAUAUAAUCGGACUAAAGGACUCCCAAAUCACAGACAUCCUUAAUUCCAGCGGAGGAGUUGUCACAGUAACUGUGAUGCCAGUGGUCAUCUUUGAACACAUGAUGAAAAGGAUGUCCAGCAGUAUUGUAAAGUCACUAAUGGACCAUUCUAUUCCUGAGGUGUGAGAUCGUUUGGAUCAAACUGUACAGCUGAGGAUGAUUUGGCCACAGUUUUUGGAGAGCUCACAUUUUGUUUGGAGUACAAGUUCAGUAGUGUGUCCACAAUCAUUUGAUUUUAUGUUUGUUUAUUUAAGUUUAAGAAGUUAUUGACGGGCAAAAAAAGACAAAGGAAGGAGAACCCGAGAGUUAUUUGUUUCAGUUUUUCCUUUAAAUUAAUAGUAUACCCCAAAAAUAACAAGUUACAUUUAGUUACCUUUAUGUUGUUCCAAACCAAUAUGGCUUUCUUUUUUUUUUUUACAACAACAUUUUUAUUCAGAUUAAUUUCACUUUCAGAAAUAAAUCACAAGUCAAGGUUCAACAGAACUAUGUACAAACAGAUGCCAUGAAGCCGUCCACUUAUACAGAGAAAGAGGAAGAAAAAUAAAAGUACUAAAAAAAUCAGUGAAACCAAUAUGGCUUUCUGACAUAUCACACAAGAGAAAAUGUUAGGCCAUAUGCAAAAUGUUCACACUGCUCUUUUUCUUUCACUGAAAGUGGGGUUCGAUGCUUUUGAACCUAAAAAGUACAGCAAACCAUGAACCAACUUACUGUGCUAUAUUCUAACUCAUAUGAAGGUAAAAAUAGUGUGGAACACAUUAGAGUAUAAUUCAUUAACUGAUAAAAUUCACUAAUCCUCUCCUGCCAUAGCUGUCAAAUGCCAUUAUUACGUUUGCAUAUUAAAACUGGUUCAUCACGAUCAAUCAUAACACGAGCAACAACCAAUGCAGAUUUGCGUCUUCACACUUCAUAAUCAUAUAAACAUGAAUGCAAAUAGGGAGCUGAAGUGGAGAAGAUUUUCAGCAAGUAACAACUUAAACUUCAGUAUGUUUUCUUAUUUAAAGCUAUAUAUAUCUUCAGAAGACUUACAGCACAUAAGUCAUAUGGUUUAGUUUUAUGACAUAUUAUUCAUAGUGCUAUUUUAAAUUGAAGUACUCUGUCCCCAUUCAUGUCCUCAUUUUAGUGUGAAUAUUCUGCUUAGCAUCCACUUGGGCUAAGAAUAAGGUUUGGAACAACAUAAAAAUGAGUAAAUGUUGACAAAUUUUCAUUGUUGGGUGAUGCUUUUAAUUCAUCUCCUUCAUCUUUAGAUAUUUUUGUUAAGCUUAAAGCUAAAUUCAAUUACUUGCAACAUAUAUCUCACAAAAAGCAUUCUGAAUUAUCGUCAACAUGCAUUACAGAAUGCUGAUGCUGUAAAUCAGUCAUAAUAAAUAAUGCUGUUAAAAUUG